GUCCAGCAACCAGCCAGCAAUUCCACGGAUUAUACUUGGAUCAACUGUAAUCAUCUUCUUCCUUUUUCAUUUGCCUUCAAAUCCAAUUACUCUUUCCAAUUGUCUUCACACUUGUUCUUUUAUUUUAAAACAAAAACCACCAUAAGACAAGUGAAAAGUCCAACACGACUGAUCUAGUUGAGCUCGCGUGAUUCAUCAUCGUCACAUAACUGCUGGCCUGAAAUACUAUACUAUAUACUAUUUACCAUAUAUACAAUAAUCAGGACCUGAAUGUCAAAUAUGGCCGGACCAGCACGACGACUGCUUAAACCUGCUCUAUUUAUAUGCGACAUCCAAGAAAAAUUCCGCCCAGCCAUCUGGGAAUUCCCACGGGUCAUCUCUACGGCCCAGAAGAUGCUCAAAGCGAGCCAAGUCCUGCGGAUCCCCGUCUACGCCACGACGCAGAACGCCGCGCGGUUGGGCGGACUAUGUUCGGAGCUGGGACUCCCAGGUGCAGCCCCAGGCUCAACCUCAGGCUCAACCUCAACGUCAACGUCGGACAUCAAAGACUUUCAGCCUUCCAUAGAGACCAACCAAAUCGAGCUGGUGGUGCCUCCCGUGGACAAGACGGCAUUCAGCAUGUACGUGCCUGGGAUUGCGGAGCGGCUGGCGGCACGGUCCGAGGUGAUUAUCGUGGGCAUCGAGAGCCACAUCUGCGUGACGCAGACGGCGCUGGAUCUGCUCGCGCACGGACACAAAGUGUACGUGCUUGCCGAUGGGGUGAGUAGUUGCAACAAAGAGGAAAUACCGCUUGCGCUGGCGAGAUUGAGGAGUGAGGGUGUGGUGGUGACGACGAGUGAGUCUGUCUUGUAUGAGUGUAUGGGUGAUGCGGGGAUUAAAGAAUUCAAGGGCAUUGCGGGGCUGGUCAAGGAGACAAAGGAUAGUACGAGGUCGAAUCUGGAGACGCUGUGCAAGAUAUGAUUCGUUGUUUAUUGUUUUUGUUGUCGUCGGAGAAAAGGAAUUUUGAGACGACGCAGAGUGUCAAGCAGUUUCCUACGUACAGUCUAAUAUGCAAAUGGCUCAUUUUCCAUGGAGGUCUGAGAGAUUACAAUGGAUUACAGCUGUGCAAAUACAUAUACUGGCAUUUCAGCAGACACGCUCGUGGCGUAACUGCUUAAUCUCUUGACUCGUGCUUCAGUAAGCGCUUGUGGUCAGAGCAAGUCAUUACAAUAAACAUACAAUGCAGGCACAUGAAUAUCAAGACAGUUUAACACAGCAACUCAGCUUUCAUGUGCAAGGACGACAGCCCUG